AUGGGAUGUUGGAACGAGAGUAUAUCAAAUAUGAGACGGAAGCAAUGCUGUUAUCAAGUGGUGUAUGACUUGUUACCUGGCGCAUUGUAUCAAGUAAAUGUGAGCGGUACAAGUUCAGCAGGCUCCGACUCUUACAGUGCACUCGUCCAAUUCCCCCCGGAAUACAUGAUUCAAGGGGAUCCAACGUCACCAUUUGCCACCAUCAAAUGCGACAAACAAGGACAGAACGGGUAUGACUGUGAGACGCAAGGUAACGAUCGAUUCUUCGCCGAAUUCACGCUAACGAUUCCCGGAACCGGCGCACCCACGGCUGCGAAUCAAUCACCGCAAAUGGUCAGUCCCAAUGUCAGCCUGACGUUAUUCGGUCAGGCUUGUACACAGAAACAGUUCUGUUCCGAUCUGGUGGCCGCAUCCAAAAACGGGGAUACCGUGUCAUUAGGAUUCUUGGGCAGGUGGCCGAAAUACGUGGUGAUCAUUGUGGGAACAUUGGCGGGCAUUUUGUUGCUUGGUGCAUUCUAUUAUUUAUGGAAACGACAUAAUCCUAACGACAAGCAUGCUGACCGCUCAGAUGUCGCGGACAUCCUUAAUCGACAUCAUGGUAGCAGGGGCGGGGUUGGUGCUGAUCCUCAUAAUAUGAGUGAAAGAAGAACCACUUUAUUGGGUCCGUUGAAAUAUGAUAAUAAAUUGGCGCUGGUUAAUGAACAAUCAUUGAUAUCGAAAAUACCAGGAACAGUUCAUAGAACACCCGUCAUGGAUAAGGAAAAAAGUCCUCGGGGAUUAUUUGAUAGGACGAAAAGUAAAUCAUACGGAAAAGAAAGAACGAAAAAUAAGAAGAACACCUAUGAUGGUGGUAACGUAGCCAUCGAGGUUUAUGAUGAAAAAACGCACGGAAAAGAUCUUGGCUCCGGACUAUCGGGAAGUCAAAUACCGAUGACAUCCCUCGUGUUAGACGUCGAAGAUAGUAUAUCGGACGUGUCUACGGAUGCGGAUAAUAACAAUAACUUCAUGCCUAAUACUCGUGCUGCAGAUGUCAAAACUUCUCGUGUUAUUAAUGAUCUAGCUUAUAAAGGAACGUCGAAAUCUUAUGAACCACCGAAAGAUAGGGAUCGAGAUAGACGUGAGGAACGAGAGCGCGAGAGACGUGAAGAAAGGGAUAGAAGAGAUGAAAGGGAACGAGAUAGGGAAAAGCGGGAUGAUCGUGAGCGAGGUUAUAGUCACGAUUCGAAAACACUUGCAAGAGCGGCAACCACCUCUGGUGUAAAAUCUUCAAGAGGGGAUAGAGAUUAUCGAGAUUCACGUCCACAUAUGCGAACGCAAAACCUGGAUGACCAAAGGGAAGGUCGAAGAGGAGGAGAGGAACGAAAUAAAUCACGGAAAAAUCGAUCGACAUCUAGAACUCGUGGUGGUGGUGAUAAUAAUAACACAUCGUCAAGUCGGGAUCAUAAAACGAACAAGAAAAAAACAACUGCUGAAUUGAUAAUGGAAAGUGCGAAUACCACCUCAUUAUCAGAAUUAAUUCGGUCGAAAUCGGCAAAGACUGAAAAAGAAAAAUCAUCUUCCUCGAAUAACCAUAACCAUAAUAAUAGCGCGAGUCAGGGUAGACAUACAAGUCGACCAAACACAAUAUUAUCAUCACCUUCAACUAAACGACCAAAGAAACCUGUGAAGAAGGUAUCAAGUGAUGAAGGUUCUUCAGGAACAGAAUCAUCGGAUAGUGAUAAUUCAUCUGAUCAACCAUUAAGUGAUCGAUUACCACUAGCGAUGAUUGCAUCCCCUGUUGCCUCAGCGAAGGCACCACAAUCACCGAAGAAUCCCAAAACCACGAAAUCAAGAGGUGGUAGUGGCAAUAUAACAGUUAACAAAUUUACAAAUCAGUCAACUUCGUUGAAACCUCCCGAGGUCAUAGUAUCACAGAAUGAUAGUGAAGACAGUAGCAAUGGUGGUGGUGGGUAUUAUGAAUCAAUCUUGAAUGAUGUCUUGAACGUUGGUGAUUUCACCGGUUCAGAAAUUAGUAAUGGAAGUGAGGAGAUUCCGAUUGGACGACGAUUACAGACUUUACGUGAUGAGAAGAAAAAAGGUUUUGGUGGGGGUAAAGGUAGUGCUAGUGAAGAUGAUGAGGUUCCUAUUGGAUUGCGAAUGGGAUAUUCUUAA